AUGGCGGUGCUGCCGUGCAAGCCCGGCGACGCCUGCUUCCGCCUGGAGUGGAUCUGCGAUGGGCACCCCGACUGCGAGGACGAGAGGGACGAGCAGGACUGCGGGACGGACACCCCGGCGGAGCCCAGCCCUGACGGCUUUUGGGUGACCCCGCCGCGGAGCUCGGCGGUGCUGCCCACCGGCAGCGCAGAGGCUUCAGCUACGCCUGUGCCUGGGGGCUCUGUGCCAUCGAGGAGUCAAGGCCGCAGGUGGAUCUUGAUUAUUGCAGUGCUCCUGAGCAUCUUGGUAGCUGUGGGUUCUAUUCCUAUGUGGAGCCUGUCCAAAGCAAAAAGCAGAUCUGACAUCUUCAGCCUUGAAAAAGCAUCCAAGGAACAGCUGAUGCCUGACAAGAGCCAGACAGGCUCAUUUCCCUGAAUGAGGUCUUUACCAUGAGGUGAGAAGAUGGGACUAGCCUGGUCUCCCUACUGCUCACCACAGAGGCUGACUGAAUUGGACAUAAGCUCUCAAAUCUGGGUUAUUACACUGGAAUAACAAGAGAAUGCUCCCCUUGGAAAUGGGUCUUAGAUUGUGGGACUACUUUGGCUCUGGAAAUAGCACAGGACCUACCCUGGUGCUGUGAAAUCACCCGUCACAAAGGUGGUAGAAAUUUCUUCAUUGUUCUUGCCUCUAGACGUUGUUAAUGCUAAUUCUCACCAGUGUGGCCUUGGGCCCAAAGAUUUUAUUCUCCAUGAAAUGACAGAUGCUAGGUGCUAUUCAACUGUUUCCUUCCACUUCCAGCCAAGAGACUUUUUUCACUUGCCCCAUUCUUCCCCCUGGAUUUUGUCAGGGAAUAGGGGCUUUCUCAUCUGUUUCAGUAGGAACUCGCUGACUCCGCACAGAUCAGAUGUAUACUCCAUGUUUGCGCUAGUGUUUUGAUGCUGCUCAGUCUGAGGUACAGGAAGCUUUUACUGACAGGUCAACCACAGAGGUGAAAGUUAAAAAGCUUCCUGUCUGCUCUGGCUUUGCUGCGCUGCUACCUGGAGUCAGUGUGGGGCAAGCAGCUUGUCAGCACACUCCCUUCCAGCAAGGAUCUCUGCCCUUUGCAGAACUGCACUUUCCACCCCAGUGCUGAACCCUGGAUGUUGCUUCUCUUAAAACUGUUAAUGGUGUCUUCCUUAAAACUGUUUCGACAUGAGUGGUGUCCCUCAAGGGUCUGUACUGGGACCAAUGCUAUUUAAUAUCUUCAUCAGUGACAUGUAUAGUGGGAUUGAGUGGACCCUCAGCAAGUCUGCAGAUGA